AUGGAUCAAGGCCUUUCAACAGGGGCCCAUCAAAAUACUGAUGGGCUACGCGAGAGAAAUGUACGCGCCGAUUCAACAGUCGGUCGCGAGGCUUUAACAGCCGCCGGGGAAAUGGAAGCCAAAGAUAAGGACGGCAAGCAUCUGAAGACAUUUGGGAGAACACCCGAUGGAACGGUGUUUACCGUCCCGCAAACUCAUGAUAUGGUCUCCCAGCUACUUUUACCAUCUGAACCUAAGAAUUUUGGUGAUCUGGUGGUGUUGGUUCUGUUGGCCGGUCAUAUUUUCUUCCUGUGGGCACUCCCCACAGGAGCCAAAGUCCCGGUCUUCGCAGCCAUCUACCUCUUCUGGCGUCUGGCUUACAAUGGAGGAAUUGGAUGGCUGCUUCACAAUCAAUCGAACCACAAGACAUUGAUUCGAUGGGCGGAGAAAACAAAGGUCUUUGUCAAUCCGGCCACUGGGGGAAAUCCCCACCCCAAAUUGUAUAACUGGAUCAAACGGGAACUGGAGACCAAAAUCCCGCAGGACUACUCCUUCGAUGAGGCUCCAAUUGAAUACAAUACCUGGCUUGUCUUUAGACGUCUUGUGGACCUGAUCCUCAUGUGUGACUUCACUUCCUACUGCCUCUUCGCAAUAGCCUGCGGCGACCAACCGGUUGAUGAGAGUGUUUUCAUGACUGUUCUGCGGUGGUCCGCAGGCAUCGUGUUAGUGCUGUUCAACCUGUGGGUCAAACUAGAUGCGCAUCGAGUGGUCAAGGACUACGCCUGGUAUUGGGGUGAUUUCUUCUAUUUGAUUGACCAGGAACUGACCUUCGAUGGCGUGUUCGAAAUGGCACCUCACCCCAUGUACUCGGUCGGUUAUGCAGGCUACUACGGAAUCUCUCUGAUGGCAGCCAGCUAUAAGGUGCUACUCAUCUCGAUCAUUGCCCAUGCAGCACAAUUCAUUUUCCUCGUCCUGGUGGAGAACCCGCACAUCGACAAAACUUAUAACCCGCCACCACCCCGAAAGCGCUCUACCUGUGUGGAUACCUCGGAUUCCAAUCCUCCUUCCGAUCUAGACUCCCCGAAAGCGCCAACUCCGUCUGAAGACCAUGCUCCCAACGCGACAAUCUCGUACUCGGCCAAGCCGCCCCAGUCGGUUCACAACCUCUUGGGGCUGCGCAACCUUGACCUGUAUAGAACCACGGAUUCCUCGAUCAUGCUUGUUCAGCUUCUUGUAUUCUCUAUCACUGCUCUGACGCCCUCUACCCCUGGAUAUCAAUUUUUGUUUGUGGUGCUCGCUGCCGCUUCCAGAAUUUGGUACUCUGUAGGCAUUGGAUAUAUCCUUCGGAACCAAUCCAACACCAAGUCGUGGACAAGACACUUUGUUAAGUAUGGCGACACUCCGCAGGAAGCAUGGAGCCAGUGGAAGGGCACUUACCAUCUCAGCAUGGUCUUUUGCUACUCUACCUUCAUUGCUGCCGUGUGGAAGAUGUACACUUUCCCGGCUGAUUGGGGCUACGGUCUGGUGUUGUUCCGACACGUUCUUGGAGCUGGUCUGAUCAGUCUGCAAAUCUGGACUUCGGUCAGCAUCUACGAGUCCCUCGGUGAAUUUGGCUGGUUCUACGGUGACUUCUUCUUCGAUGAACAACUAAAGCUUACCUACAAUGGUAUUUACCGCUUCUUGAAUAACCCAGAGCGUGUUUUGGGCCUGGCUGGCGUGUGGGGCGCUGUUCUCAUCACCAGUAGCGGAGCUGUCACUUUCCUCGCCCUGCUGAGCCACAUCCUGAGCCUGGCUUUCAUCCAGUUCGUCGAACGCCCGCACAUGCAAAAGCUGUACGGUCGUAGUCUGCGCCAGGAUGCUGGUCUUGUCAAGAGUCUGAAACGGUCCCUCCCACCUUCUCUCCAACAACUACAUGGAAGUGUCGAUAAGAUGUUCGAUGACUCCUUCGAGUUCAUCGAGGAGUUCCUCGACAACGCCCGUCCCAAGCUCGCCGCAGGAGUAACCACAUUUGUCAAGGAUACCACUUCUCUUUUCACGAACUACCCGGCUCGCAUCACCAUCUCUCGAAUUGAUGCGGAUCUAGCUGGAUUCGACACCCGCGAUUAUUCCCUGACAGUUGAAGGCACCAAUGCUCUGUCUUUCGAGGAAAGCGAACAGAACAAGGGCCGUGAAGGAGCCAACGCACGCAUGCCCCUGGAUCGCCGUGGUGACCUCAAGGACCUGACAUUUGAGUACGGCUCCCCCAUCAAAGUCAAAUGGACCGCCCCUCUCAACCACAGCAAGAAGGACUGGAUUGGUCUUUACCGGGUCACAGACAACACCUCGCGAGAGGUCACUCGUGUGUCAUCGCAAGGUCGCUGGGUCGCGACAAACGAAGGUUCAUAUGACAACACGACCUGCGAGCAGGGUAUCCUCACAAGUGAUGUUGUUGUUUCGUCCGCCGACGGUAACGGCCAGGGCACUCGCGAACUGGCAACCGGUGAAAUCCUCCUUACUGGCGACAAGCUCUUCUGGACCCAGGGCACCUUCGAGCUCCGCUACCACCACAAUGGAAUGCACAAUGUCAUGGCUAUCUCGAGACCGUUUGAGAUCCGUAUUCGUCGUGCGGAUGAGGAUGCGUCCAUCACAGACGGCGAUUCUUUCCUGGAAUCCGCAGUGGAGAAUGCCCUGUUGCCUGUCGUUCGCAAUUGCUUCGACCGGGAUCCCGAAAUCGCUCCGGAGACUGUCGAUGAGCAGUUCGGUAGCCUUGUGGAACGUGACGGCAAAUUUGCCAAGCGUGUUGUAUUCGCUGUCCAUCAGAUGUUCGGUAUCGAAUUGGCGCCUGAGGUUGUGAAGGCCGAUGGCAACGUGCGGAAUUUGGCUUGGAGAAUCUGCAACGCCAAGAAAGUUCUGGCUCCCUACAGCAUGUCACGGUCCAAUGGAACGUCGACACCACUCGAAGGAAGCAAAGAAUGA